AUGGGUGAAUUUCAUCCCAAGUUCCGAGUCCUGAUUGCGGGGGCUGGCAUCGCGGGUCUGGCAACAGCAAUAGCACUCGCUCGCAUUUCAGAUAUCCCACAUCUCGACAUCCAGCUUUACGAGCAGGCUCCGGAAUUGACUGAAAUAGGAGCCAGCAUUGCACUAAGCCCCAAUGGCAUGCGCACUCUGGAAAAGCUCGGUGUGCACAAUGCGCUCACAGACGAGGUUGGCUACAGGGGCCCCAGUGGGAUACCACAGAUUUUCCGGAGGACGCUCGCUGAUUACACUCCAAGUCACUGGAAGACAAACCAGGUUGUCUCGGUAGAUACCCACGUCAACGUGCCGGAUCCUCGUCACCACACUACUCGUUUUCACCGCGGUCACUUGCAUGCUGCUUUGUUGGAGCAUGUGCCACGAGAAUCAAUUCAUCUUGGCAAAAAGCUUGCACGCGCAGUUGCCUCCGACGACGAAGUAGUCCUCCAUUUUGAAGAUGGAACUGAAGCUCACGGCGACCUAUUGAUCGGUGCUGACGGCAUCAAGUCGAAGACGAGACAGUCAUUUUUCCCGGGAUACAAGCUCAGGUUCAGCGGAAAGGUUUUUGCAAGAUCAACUUUCGAUGCGUCUCUGAUUGAAGGCAAAGUCCCCGGCCUGGGUGCGAAUUCUUUACAUUGGUGGGGACCGAAGGAUAAUUUCUUUGCGUCGAGACUUGGCAAGGGACAGUUCACCACAGUUGGCGCUUAUGAGGAUGGGCGCAGUUUAGAGGAGUUAGAAAAAGAGGUCGCCUGGGACCAGCUGGGCAACGUGCAGCUCUUAAGAGAAAAGUACAAGGAUUGGAACCCCACCGUCAAAGCCCUGACUGAAUUGACUCCCUACUCGCGUCUCUAUCCAAAUUACGCUGGAGACGCCCUUCCAACUUGGGUUCCUUCGCCACGAGUCACCCUUGUAGGAGACGCUGCGCAUACUCAUGGUGGCGCUUUUACAGCCGGAGGCUCCCUAGCGCUCGACGAUUCCUUUGCUCUGGCUCUCGCACUCAAAUAUGUCUUCUCUGUGGAAAAACCGCCUGUUAUUACGUCCGUGUCCAUCAAACGGGCUUUGGAACUAUACGAUCAAACCCGGCGGCCACAUACAACCAAGCUGUUGACGAUUGUCCAUGGUCAAAUCAAUGGAAAGCCACCGGUUUCCUCAUCGCCUGAGGAAGAGGAUUCGGCAUUGAUUGCGAGAAUGAGAAAUCGGCCUGAUACAGUCUGGUUAUCUGAGCAUGAUGUGGCGAAGACAUUUCAACAAAUUAGUGAUCUUGUACCUACGCUCAAUGCACGCGUAUUUCGCAAUGAGGGAUGCCCAUAUAAUCAUAUCACAAUGCAAAAUGCCAUUUUUCUCAAGCCCAUUGACGGCAAGCCCGGAAAACCGGGCCAAGUAUACUAUCCUAUCAUCCGCAAAACAAUCAGCCAGCCAACAGUCCAGGACAGCGAACUCCUCAUAAAACUGACAGCGGCUGCUCUCAACCACCGCGAUCUCUUCCUCCGGCAGCACCUCUAUCCGGGGCUAUCAUUCGACACGCCUCUCCUAGCAGACGGCGUCGGCACCGUCGUCGAACUUGGGCCAGGCGUCAAAGACCAGUCAUGGAAAGGCAAACGAGUGAUUCUGAACCCGGGAACGGGGUGGAAGGACGACCCGGACGGGCCUGAGGACCCUACGGGCUACAAGAUUAUGGGGGGCACAAAGUUUGAUGCUAGAGGUACAUUGCAGGAAUAUGUUGUGGUGGAUGAGUCGGAGGUGGAGGAGGCACCGACUCAUCUGUCAGACGCUGAAGCAGCUGCACUCCCCUUGACCGGGUUGACCGCUUGGCGAGCACUAAUCACGAAUACCGGAGACAGGAAUAGCAGCAAGAAUGCGGCUGUGUUAAUCACGGGUAUUGGUGGUGGUGUGGCGCUUAUGGCGUUGCAGUACGCGGUGGAAAGAGGGGUAUCUGUCUACGUGACGAGCUCGAGUCAAGAAAAGAUUGACAAAGCCCUCGAACUAGGCGCGAAGAACGGAGUCAAUUAUAAAGAGGACGAUUGGGAAAAGAAGCUUCUUUCUCAACUUCCACCGGGGAAGAGCGCGUUUGAUGCCAUCGUUGACGGCGCGGGUGGCAAUAUCAUUGAAAAAGGGGUCAAACUGCUCAAGGCCGGUGGCGUAAUUGCCGUCUACGGAAUGACAGUGGCGCCGAAGAUGAAUUUCGUGGCACAAGCCUUUCUGAAAAACAUUACUGUGCGAGGUUCGACGAUGGGCUCGCGCAAGGAGUUCAAGGAUAUGGUGGAGUUUGUAAAGUCGCACCAAAUCCACCCUGUUGUUUCCAGAGUUCUGCGCACAAAUCUUGACGAUAUUACCGGCAUAGAUGCGCUGUUUGACGACAUGAAGACGGGCAAGCAGUUUGGGAAGCUGGUUAUAGAGUUUGGCGAGGGUGGAGCAGAGAGUAAACUGUAG